AUGACUCCUCGAACAUUAUUUAUGCGCACUAAAGUAUUGCUUUCUGAUGUGUUCACCUCCCACAAUAAUGACUUUCACAUUCUUAUAGAUCAGCUUGCCAGUUCAGAUAAAGCAGCAUUACUUAAAAUUCAAGGUACUCGGGCCUUGCGUCAUAAUGCAUUUAAUUAUGAUGAUUACGGUAAAAAUAAUUUUUUAUGCAACUGUACAAAAGUUGGUACAUUUGGUAAAUUUUGUGAAUAUAAUUUUAUGAGUAAUCCAAGUUUUGAAGAAACAAUUGAACAUCAGUUUAGUUUAAAAUUGAAAUAUUAUUUGGGAAGUCAAUAUGUUGGGAACCGAACAUGCUACGAAACUUUAACAUGUAGUUUUGGAUUAUUAUGUCUUGAUUGGAGAAACAUAUGUGAUGGUAAACAACAAUGUAUUGAUGGUUUGGACGAAAAUAAUUGUGAAUUAUUAGAAUAUAAUGAAUGCGAACCGAAUGAAUAUCGAUGUGCAAAUGGACAAUGCAUUGAUGAAGAAUUCUUUUUAGAUGGUGAUAUAGAUUGUAUGGAUCGUUCUGAUGAACAAUAUAAAAUCUUAUCACAAUUUCAUAUUGUAUUUAACACUUGUGGAUUUAAACCAGAUUUUAAUUGCGAUGAAUUAUUAUUACCAAGAAAAGACUUUUCUUGUGGUGAUGGUGAAAUCUACCCAGAUAGAGUUAUAUUUCAUAGAGAGUUACUUGACGGUGAUCAUUGUUUUAGUUUUAGGGAUAAAAAUUUUAUGUGUGAAUUAGAUAAAUAUGUACCGAUGUGGACAAUGAAUAAUGGACAGUGUGUACUCUAUGGUCGGUUAGAAGGUAAUAGUACGAAUGAUAUAUGUUUAUUUUUGAUUAAAUGCGCAUUAAACAAUGGUCAAGGACUCGGAUGUCCUUGUAAUGGUCAAAAUUGUAAAAAUAUUAUUAUACAUUAUGGUUGUACAAUAAACGAUUCAUAUGUUGAAUAUCCUAAAGGAGGUAUAUUUGCUCCAUAUGUAAAAACAUUUUAUAAGUUGGAAAAUCUUCAUACGAAUAAACAACCGGAUAAUUAUUCAUUUACUGAUAGUGUUAAAUGUAUCGGCUUUCAAGCUUAUGCCAAAGAACUAUUUCUACUAGACUAUGAUUCUUAUACAUAUGCUACUUCCUCUCAAUGGCGUCCAUUCGAACAAAUAUUUUGCAGCAUAAGAAAUGAAUCAUUUUUUAUUCGUAAUUCAUCAGGUCCACAAUACGAUCAAAACUGUUGGAAUAAUUCGUAUAAAUCGUUCAAAUGUCCAUAUUCUGAUCGAUGUAUAUCUAUAUAUCGUGUAGCUGAUGGAAACGUUGAUUGUGAAGUAAAUGAUGAUGAACCAUUUUUAACAAAUGGUGCAUAUUUUGCUCCCGUAAAUUGUUCAUCGAUUCAAAAACAUCGUUUUCGUUGUUCAAUAGAAGAACCAUCAUGUUUUUUAAGUUCAAAUAUUGGAGAUUCUAUUCGACAUUGUAUCACAAAUAAUCGUGAUGAAUAUUCAGUUGAAAUGGAAUUAAAAUUAUCAAAUAGUCUAUGCACAGUUAAAAAUUCUGUUGAAUGUACCUUAGUGAAAAAAUAUAUCGAGCAAUCGUCAUCGCUUAUUUCAUUAACAAACACAACAGAUAAUAAUACAAAUAUAAAUUUGGCAUUAUUAUCUUCUAAAUCAAUGUUAUUUAGUCAAUAUUGUGAUACAUUUUGGGAUUUAAUAUUAGGUUUUGAUGAAACAUCAUAUUUAUGCAAAGAAUGGAUUUGUCCAAGUAGCUAUUAUCAAUGUUUGAAUGGACAAUGUAUUCCAUUGGAUUGGAUUUGUGAUGGUGAAUGGGAUUGUAGUGAUGGAAGCGAUGAAGAAGGUUUAUUAUCAAUAAUUAAACUUUCACAACAUAAUUCCAAAAUAAUAAGUUUGAAUAAACUGAAAUUAGAAUGCCUACAAGAACAUUAUAUUCGUCCAUUUUCCAAUAUUUGUACUAUUUUUGAAUAUCCAUGUAUAUUAGCCAAUGUUAGAGAUCCAUUUAAUUUUACUGAAAAUCGACCAUGUAUAAAUGUUAGUAAAAUAGGUGAUGGAAAAUCUGAUUGUUAUGGUGGAUUAGAUGAACGAAACGUUCGUAGUUGUUCUGUACAACGAAUGUUAGGUUUUGAAUUUGAAUGUCAAGCUGAAAAACCUGAAGAUAUUGCUGAUAGUCAUUGUAUUCCAUAUGGUGAUCAAUGUAGUCUUCGUUGUUUAAAUGGUGAAGACAAGACAUUAUGUUUUUAUUUAAAAAAUAAUUCUAGAAUUCGUUGUGAUGGUUCAAUGGUUAUGGAAAUAGAAUCGUACAAAGAUGUUCAUUGUCUCGAUGGUAAAUGCAUACCAAAUGCAAGAUGUAAUGGAAUUUCUGAAUGUUUCUAUGGUGAAGAUGAAUACUAUUGUAGUAAAGAAUCAGCAAUAUUUACAAAAUAUCGAGGCUUUAAACAUCGUUACAUGAAUAAUAUUCUACAAACAGUUAAUCUACCGAGCUAUCCAGAAAAAGUUGAUGAAACAUUAAACCAAGAUCAAACUAUUCGACAUACAAAACACCAUGAUUACAGCGAUCAUUUUCUUCAAAUUUCAUCGAAUAUAUCCUCUAUUAUUCAUCGAAUUAUCUGGAAAAAAGUAUCAUCUUCACUUCAGGUCAUGACUUUUGUCAAUGAUAUACAACAAUAUAGGAAUACAAAUGACUAUAUAUACUUUAAUCAAAGUAACGUUAAUUAUAAUCUUUUACAAAUGGAACAACUGCUGAUAUAUCAAUCAAUUGAGCCAUGGACAUGCAAUCGAGGAGUAGCAGUCGAAAGACAAAUGAAUAAUUCUUCAAAUGCAAUCAUUAAAUGUUUUUGUCCACCAAGUUAUUUUGGACGAUUUUGUCAAUAUUAUAGUGAUCGUAUAACAGUUAUUACACAUUUGGACGGUUUAAAAUAUAUUUACAAAGAUUAUCAACAAUUACUGAAUAUUACAAUAAAAGUAUUAGCUACGUUCAUUCAUAACGAAAGUCAUAUCGUUGAUCAUAAUGAAAUUCAUUUUACACCAGUAGUAAACAAUUUAAACGAAAAACAAAAGUUUUAUUUUGUUUAUCCAAGACCAAGAACAUUAUCUCGAAAUCGUCUUUAUCAAAUACGCUUUGAAGCAUUUGAACUAAAUAUGAAUACCACUAUUCGAUUAUUAGCUAUUUGGAAAUAUCCAAUUGAUUUUGAUUUUCUUCCAUCAUUUCGUAUAGCAAAAAUAUUAAAAUUUCAACAAAAACAAAAACAAGAACAACAAACUCACCAUAUUUGUGAAAUAAAUCCCUGUCAAAAUAAUGGUACUUGUUAUCCUAUAAUGAACAACAAUGAUUCAACUAUGUAUUUUUGUUAUUGUGUCAAUAAUUCAUAUGGAAAAAAUUGUGAACAUAUUGAUGAUUCUAGUUGUUCAAUAUGCUCAUCGAAUUCUUUAUGUCGACCACAUUAUCAUAAUACUGCUAAUCCAUUAUGUUUAUGUCCAAUAAACCGUUUUGGUCCAACAUGUCAUUUAGAAAGAAAAUGUGAUAUGUUUAAUAAUAAGAAUCCCUGCUUAAAUGGAGGAUCAUGUUCUGUCAAAUAUGAUCAAGAUGCUUUAAUAAAAGAUUAUGUUUGCAUUUGUCAAGCCAUGUAUUAUGGUGACCAUUGUCAAUAUCUGCCUAGCCGAAUUAAUAUACAAUAUUUGAUCAACGAUAUUAAUCUUCAUUCGACUCUUGCAUCUGUUAUUCAACUUUAUAAUUAUGAUUUUCUAACAUUAGAUUUGAUUUUAGAACAACAACAAGUUUAUGAAGGUCAACCAACGUAUUCAAAUAUUAUCUAUGCUAGACAAUUGUUACCAAGUCUUGGUUUCCUUAAAGUAUAUUAUCAUGAUAAACAACAUCCAAUGACACUAAAUGUCAAAUACUUUAUUUUAUAUAGUCGAAAAGAUGAAAGAAAUAUUAGUUUAACAGUUACUUUAAACAUGAACAAUUCUUGUCCGCAUACACAUUUAUUAUUUUUUUCCAAUGUGUCACAAACAGAAUAUUUACUACCAAGUUUACACACUCAUGAACUCAUUUAUUACAAUGUUGUUCCUGAUCCAAAAUAUACAAAAAACGGGACAUGGUGUGUUACACAAUAUAAUAAACAAGUGUCAUUUUAUAACCAAGCAAUAACAAUUUUCAAUUAUAUAAUACCAUGUCUAAUUAAUUUUGUUUCUGCACUUAUUCUCAUUCUAGUUGUUGCACGCAAACGUGCUAAUACAAAUCAGCAAAAAUCUUAUAUUAAAGUGUUUCAACAACAACUUCAACACUACAAAGAAUUAUUUAUUCCAUCAGUUUUUAUCAUUUUAAGUGCAUUACCUCAAUUUAUUAUAUCAUUCAGUUUAGCAUGUACAGAAUUUUUAGAUAUUCCAUGGCAACGUUAUUUAGUAAUAACAGCGUAUUUUUUAUCAUAUUUACCUCAGUUGACCAAUUAUAUUCUAUUUAUAUUACCAUCUGUUUUAUACAAAACAGAAUUUGAUCGUACAUUAUUAGGACAACAGUUGAAAAAGUUUAAAAAGCAAUUCUGCACCAGACUUGGUAAAAAGCUGUAA